AGAACCCAAAACCCCCUCAAAGAAACUAAACCCUACUACUACAUAUCUUCUUCUUCUUCUACGCCGUAUCUUCUUCGUCUGCUUUCCUUGGGACGCCGCUGGUGCUACUCCACAUUACCUGUUGUUCUCUCUGGCUCUGGUUGCGUUGUUUGAAUUAAUUUCCAUCAAACAGUCAACUAAAGUCUUCAAACAUUCACACUCGUUGCGCCACCUAUGGCUAUCUUAGAGCAAAACCCUAAUCCCCAAAUUGAAACCGGCAGCAAGAAAAAACGAAAGAGGAACAAGAACAAAAAGAAGAGUGUAGAGGAAGAGUCUGAUCUCGCACAUGAACCACAGGCUGUUAAUGACAGUGAGAAGGAAGAAGAAGAUGAAGCAGCAGCAGAGGUGAUAGAAAAAAAGAGCAAGAAGAAGAAGAAAAAGAAUAAACCAACUGAAGAAGAAGAAGAAGAAGCAGUUGCUGAUGAAAUUGAAAACAAACAAGAAGGUUUGAAAGCGGAGACAAAGAAGGUGAAGAAGAGUGGUGCUGAUUCUGGGAUUAUGAGUAGUGAUUUAUUUACUAGUUUGUCAUUGUCUGAACCAACAAUGAAAGCUAUUGCAGAUAUUGGCUUUCAGAAUAUGACUCAGAUUCAAGCCAGGACAAUUCCUCCUCUUUUGGAAGACAAAGAUGUUCUUGGGGCUGCAAGAACAGGUUCUGGUAAAACACUAGCUUUUCUUGUACCCGCGGUUGAGUUGUUAUAUAAACUUAAGUUUUCUCCUCGUAAUGGGACCGGUGUUGUUGUCAUUUGCCCGACACGGGAGCUUGCCAUACAGACUCAUGCGGUUGCAAGUGAUCUGCUUAAGUAUCACUCGCAGACUCUUGGGCUGGUUAUAGGUGGUGCGGCUCGAAGAGGCGAAGCGGAUCGACUUGUUAAGGGAGUGAAUUUGUUGGUGGCUACCCCUGGUAGACUUCUUGAUCAUCUGCAGAACACCAAAGGCUUUAUCUAUAAGAACCUCAAGUGCUUUGUGAUUGAUGAAGCUGAUAGAAUUUUGGAAGCUAACUUUGAAGAGGAAAUGAAGCAGAUAAUUAAAAUCCUACCAACGGAGAGGCAAACUGCCCUCUUUUCUGCUACCCAGACAAAGAAGGUUGAAGAUCUUGCUCGCUUGUCAUUUCGGAAUACUCCGGUUUAUAUUGACGUAGAUGAUGGGAGGUCUAGGGUGACCAAUGAAGGCUUGCAACAAGGUUAUUGUGUGAUACCAAGUGCAAAGCGAUUUGUACUUCUUUACUCUUUUUUGAAAAGGAAUUUGUCAAAGAAAGUGAUGGUUUUCUUUUCUUCAUGCAAUUCGGUUACAUUUCACUCUGACCUUCUCAAGUACAUUCACGUGGAUUGUUUUGAUAUUCAUGGGAAGCAAAAACAGCAGAAACGAACUUCUACGUUCUUUGACUUCUGCAAAGCAGAAAAAGGAAUCUUGUUGUGUACUGAUGUUGCUGCUCGUGGCCUUGACAUCCCUGCUGUGGACUGGAUUAUCCAGUAUGAUCCUCCAGAUGAACCAAAGGAAUAUAUUCAUCGAGUAGGUCGAACUGCUCGUGGAGAAGGUGCAAAAGGAAAUGCCCUACUUUUCCUUAUCCCGGAAGAGUUACAGUUUCUUCGAUACCUCAAGGCUGCAAAAGUACCAGUUAAGGAGUACGAGUUUGAUGAGAAGAAGAUGGCUAAUGUACAAUCUCACCUGGAAAAAUUGGUCAGCAGCAACUAUUACUUGAACAAAUCGGCUAAAGAAGCAUAUAGAUCCUACUUGUUAGCUUAUAACUCACACUCCAUGAAGGACAUCUUUAACGUUCACCGUCUCGAUAUGCAGGCGGUUGCAGCGUCUUUCUGCUUUUCAAACCCUCCAAAAGUAAACCUGAACAUAGACAGCAAUGCAUCAAAGUUCAGGCAGAAAGCACCCAAAUUAAAAGGAAAAAGCCGAAAUGGAUUUAGCGAAAGCAAUCCAUAUGGCAGAAGCCACAGUGAUGACAAAACCCAAGUCGUAAGAUAUUAGCAGCAGCAGCAGCAUCGACGGCCACCCAUGCCCAUAUUCAAGCUGUUUAAGUUAGUUAUUUACUAUUCGUUUUUGUGUUCUUGCUACAUUUUCGUGUAUUCAAGUUUAUUAUUUUUUUUGUAUACCAAGGAUUAUUGGUUGGCCCCAUUUUUGUUCCGAGAAUUUCAGCACUAUAUACUUCUGGGUCUUAUCGUUUUUA